AUGAAACUUGUUUUCUUAAUAACCCUGCUAUGCGGCUACGCAUAUGCUUACAAGACUUUAAUUGACGUACUAUCGGAGGAUGCCAAGUUCUCAACUCUGAUUUAUCAUUUACAACGAACGCACCUGGUUCCCAUGAUCAACAAUAUAGAAGCGGGUACAUUUUUUGCACCCGAUAAUGACGCAUUCGAAAAAUACCAAGGUCCAGCACCGACCAGAGAAUUGAUCCUAUAUCACUUGCUACCCAAGCUUUAUAAAACAAAAGAUUUGGGUAACGGACAAUUGCUGGAAUCAAGCUACAUUCGUCCUGGGUUCCUCGGUAGAGAAAACAAAGGUCAAAUGUUGAAAAUUACCGAGAAGUUGGAGAAAUUUUUUCAUAUUAACGAUGCAAGGAUUAAGGACCGUGAUGUCUUUGUCAAUUUAAACACGACAAUGAAUGUUGUGGACCGUGUUUUGGAACCACCUCCGAUGAUGUCUAGUAUUGUUAAGGAGUUUGACGAAAAGUUGUUUGAGCUCAUGAAAAGAGCUGAUUUGGACAAGCUGAUAGCUUUGGAAAGACCUUUUACAACCUUCAUCUCUGCAAAAUACUUGUUAGACAAAUUUAAUCAUGUCGAAAAAAAAUACUUGACUUCUGAGUACGGCUUACAGGAUCUGAAACACAUACUUAAAUACCUUGUGAUUUCAGAGCCAAUUUAUCUGGACAGGCAUCCUAUUGGUGAAACCUCGUAUACCACUGAAUCUGGGGAAACUUUGAUAGUAAAAGUUUCUGGUGAUAACAGAUAUACUACUGUCGAUGGAUUAAAAGUUAUGGAAAGAGACAUAUUGGCAGCCAAUGGUGUAAUCCAUGUAUUGGAUGAUUUACCUUACGCGGACUCCAUCGUUUUUGAUACGCGAAAAUAUCUUUUUGGGUUAAAUGCUACGAAGUUCGUAUCCCUUAUCGACAAGUAUGAAUUAGGGUACUUUUUGGAUAGUCAAAGCGCCAAUAUAACUAUUUUAGCGCCUACUAAUGAAGUGAUCGAUGAAGAUGAUAUUCCAAAUAACCUGAAGAAACAAUGGUUAAGUUACCAUUUACUUCAAGGAGCAUGGAAGUCGGAUGAUUUGGAAGACCGAAUGCUGCUUAAAUCCGAAUACAACUCAUCGCAGCUGCUGGAUGACUCACAAAGAAUUGUUGUACGGGUUAGUGAUGGUAACAAAUAUGAUCUACGUAGAUCCAUCCAAUUUGGAACCCACUCUCAAGUCAUAGGAAAUGAUUUACAUAUAAAUGAAAAUGUCAUUUACCGUGUUUCGGAUCCACUUGAUCUCCCAUUGGACAUAUUCACUCGUCUCGUUAUAGAUUUGGAAUUAUCUACAUUUAUUGCCACACUUUACGUAUCAGGUGUUAUUAAGGAUAUCAAAGAUAGCAAAGCAAUCACCUUAUUUGUGCCCACCAACCAGGCUUUUAAAAACCUUGGUCUUGUAGCUCGUUAUUUGGUGCAUCCUUCUGGAAAGACAGAUCUUCAAACAGUGUUAAAAUAUCAUGUUGCUACGAGUCCUCUCUAUUAUGAAGACCUUGUAGGAGAUGUUCUCGAAGUAACUACUCUUACCGACGAUACUCUCAUCAUCAAUGGUAACAAUAACGAUAGUAGUGUUUGGAUCAGCUCCAAUGACGGAAAAGAAGAACAUGGCGUGAUUAAGAAAUCCGAUAUCUUGGUUGCAAAUGGUGUAGUACACAAAGUCGAUCAUAUUCAGAUCCCUAAUAAUGUGGAAAUCACACAUCAGAACUUGUUGACUGGUAUCAGUGCUAAUCUAAUGCAAGACAUUCUAAAGAGAACGGGCGUCCUAAAAGACAUUGAAUUGAAUAAUUAUUUAAUCUUAACGCCAACGGACGAAGCAUUCAAAAACAUAGAUUUGGAAUCUCUUUGGAACGAUACCGAAAAAUUAGGUCGUAUUGCCAGAUUGCAUAUUUUACCAAAAUCAAGCGGGAAAAAAAGAUGGUUCUUGCACCCUCUGUCCGGCGAAGAGGUGUUUGAAACGAUGUUGGAGCAAGAUAAAGUAGUCGUUCGUCAAGUUGGACGCAAUAACAUGAUUAUUAGAGUCAAAGGACAACCUUAUGGCGAUCAUGCACGUGUAUUAGAUAUGGGGCGUGUGAGCACAGGUGAUCGUAGUGGUGGUGUUAUUGAAAUUGAUUCAGUUUUGUUUCCUAUUGAAAGAGGAGCAUUUGGAUUACCGUGGAUGUGGUCUUUUCUCCUUGUCAGCUUCUUAUGGAUUGCCUCCCUCAGUUUAUUGGCUCUUGCAGGAUUUAUUGCCUUUAAGAAAUAUAAGCGUAGAAGAGAUGGUUAUGUAGCUAUCUUGGAGGCCGAAGCCGACGACAUCGCUGAAGAAGAGGCUGAACAAGCAGUGAACAAUAUAGGGCACGCUAAUUUGAGAGUCUAA